AUGCCGGCGCCCGGCCGCAUGGACGGGCACAUGUCCAAGGCGUCGCGCGACCUGAGCAAGGGCAUCGCCGUGAAGAGCAACGGCUUCAAGUACGGCGGUGGCAAAGACGAGGGAUGGGGGACGGGCGGCGAGAAGGGCCGCCGCGUGGGGAAGGGAGGCGGGCGCAGAGACGUCGCGGCCAGAGCCAGGCUGAGAGAGAUACUCGAGCGUAAGCGUGCCGCGGCGGAGGCGGGGGAUGAAGCCGGGAAGACUGUCGGUAACAAGCGAAAGCGCGGCGGCGGCGGCGGCGGCGACGACCGGGAUGCCCGCAACAAGGCACCCAGGCGCGAGGAGCCCAAACCCGCCGCCGUCGAACCCACCGAGGAGACACCGAAUGGAGAGACGAUGGAUAACACGACGACGGAGGGUCCGGAGCGGUGGACGUGCGCCACGUGCGGCGGCGUCAAGUGCGGCAACGCCGCCAACUACCAGAGCCACGUGCUGUCGAAGAAGCACAAGGCGGCCGCGCAGCGAGAGCGGGGCCGCGCGACGCUCGCGGCGAUGAAGGCGGCCCGGGCGGAAGCCGCGGCGGCGCGGGGGUGA